CAUCUCCACAAAAGCGGAAUCUUCCCUAUAAAAAAUCUUUCAUUGAGGCACAGGAUCACGUGACUUUCUGUUUGCAACUUUACAUCGACGAAAUCGCACGUAUUCUUUUUUAUUAUUAGUUCUUCUACAGAAGCUUCACGUUGAUCACAAUUAUCGUAGUCGUCGCAAAAUCGAGAAAAUGGAUUCUGAGAAGAUUGAGACGGAGAAGCGUGAGAGAAAAUUGAAGCACUUGGGUUUCGUGAAAGUGAUUACCUUCAACGCCGUCGUGUUGGUAUCGAAUCUGUACGAGUAUGCGAAGCAGAACUCUGGACCGCUCAGAUCGACCGUUGGUACGGUGGAAAACGCCGUGACGACUGUGGUUAAGCCUGUAUACGAGAAAUUGAAAGAUGUUCCAGAUGAUGUCCUUGUAUUUUUGGAUAAGAAGGUGGAUGUAGCAACUGAGACAUUUAAUGAACGUGCACCGCCUACGGUCAAGACACUCGUGAAUCAAGCCCAAGUUAUUGUCGUGAGUGUAUCUCAUGUCGCUCAAGAUUUGAUCAAAGAAGCUCGCCUGGCUGGUCCACGAGCAGCUAUCAACAUGCAGGUCAGAUGUCAAAGCAGUUUGGAGUGAAUCAGUUGGCAGUGAUAUGGUACCGUGUGAAUCUUUCCCCAACCUUGCAUGGUGUUGCAGUUGUAGCUGCAUCAAUGGCUGCUCACGGUUCUGAGAAGUAUAACAAACUGGUUAAAGAUAUGAAGGCAAAGGGCUAUGAUAUAUUCAGCUAUGCUCCAUUGGUUCCUGUUGAAGAAAUCUGCAAGGCAUACAAGCAGGUGGAGGCUACAGCAACAAAGGACGAUGACACUUCCUCAGAAUCAUCAACAGAAUAGGAUGGUUUUAUGCGCCCAAAUCUUGUUAACACAAAUAUAUAUGUUCUAUACAUUGAACGCCUAGUGUGAUGAAUUGCUGCUGUAGCAAAAGUGUUGUAUAAAAUGACUUUACAUCCUCAGGAUGUAUUUAAUGUGAACAUGAUUUCCUUAAAAUAUUGUUAUUGUCCAUAAAUGUCAAGACUUUUCCAGUCUUAUACCUGGCCCUACUUCUAGAUUUCCCAGGGUUGACCGGUUGAGGACCUCAUUGCAUUGAG